GGAAGUAAGUUUACGUUGCGAAAAGCUGCGAAGAGAAAGAGGAAGAGAAAGGGGCAAAGACAGAGAGAAAGAGAGAAAAAGAGAAAGAGACAGAGAGAAAGAGAGAGAGAAAGAGUGACUGAGAGAGAGAGAGAGAAAGAGAAAGAGAGAUUCGCAAUAGCUCCGUCGCAUCUCAUAGGUGAUGGUUCCCAACACGAGUGGGGUCCAAGCUGGCCCGUAUAAAAGGGGAUCUCAAGACAACCACGGAGCAUCAGUCCUCAUAUCAAGGAACAGCAGCAAUCAUGAGGGCAUUCAUGAUCCUGACGAUCGCCGCCGUGGCGAUGGCACGGCCAGAAGCCGGUUACUCGUACAGUCAGCCAAGCGGAAGUUACGGUGCUCCUAGCGGUGGUGGCGGCGGCGGAGGCGGUGGCUUCGGAGGAGGAUUAGGAGGAUUAGGGGGAUUAGGUGGAUUAGGCGGAGGUGGAUUAGGAGGAGGUGGAUUAGGAGGAGGUGGACUCGGAGGUGGACUCGGUGGUGGCUUCGGAGGUGGCUUCGGAGGUGGUCUCGGAGGUGGAUUCGGCGGUGGUGGUGGUGGUGGCGGUGGCGGCGGUGGCUUCGGAGGAGGUUCUCUCAUCCAGAAGCACAUCUACGUUCACGUACCACCACCCGAGGCACCUGAGGAUAGACCAGCGAGGCCGAUAGCACCACCUCCCCCACCUCAGAAACAUUAUAAGAUCAUCUUCAUCAAGGCACCUACUCCACCUACGCCAACUGCACCGGUCAUACCAGCAUUGCCACAACAAGAUGAACAGAAGACUCUUAUCUACGUCCUAGUCAAGAAACCAGAGGAGGCACCCGAAAUCAGUCUACCUACUAUUGCUCCGACGCAACCUAGCAAACCGGAAGUUUACUUCAUCAAAUACAAAACUCAGAAGGAAGUCACAUCCGGAGGUGGUGGUGGUGGUGGCGGUGGAAUCGGCGGUGGAAUCGGCGGUGGAAUCGGUGGUGGAAUCGGCGGUGGAAUUGGAGGUGGAAUCGGUGGUGGUAUUGGUGGUGGAAUCGGUGACGGACACGGCGGAUCAGGAGGUGGUGGAAUCGGGGGAGGUAUCGGUGGUACCGGACCAAGCGGACCAAGCUCGAAUUACGGACCACCCGGAGGAUCCGGCCCAUACUAGUCACAAGACAGCCGAACCGGCCCUAACUCUCUUCUCCGUUCACCAAAUCACUAUUACACCCACCACGCUACGUUCUUAUUACGAGCGUAAUACGACGAGCGCCGAUCCUCAUCAAUACGACGACGAUACGAUAAUAAUGUUCUACGAUGCGCGCGAAUACACGAGCAUAACAAUGAUAAUAAUGACGAUCGCGAUGUUGAUGAUGACGACGACGAAAAUGAUGAUAAAUAAUGAUGCAACAACAACAAUAACAACAACAAUAACAACAACAACGACGACGACGACGAUGAUGACGACAAAGACGACGCCGCCGCUGCUGCUGCCAUUGCUGCUGCACAUGCUGCAGCAGCAUUCGCUGCUGUUGCUGCUGCCGAUGAUGAUGAUGACGAUGAUGAUGAUAACGAUGACGAUAAUGAUGAUGAUGAAAAUGACGAUGAUAAUGAUGAUGAUGAUAAUGAUGAUGAUGACGACGCCGACAACGACGACGAUGAUGAUGAUGACGAUGAAAACGAUCAUGACGAUGAUGAUAAUGAUGAUGAUGCUGACGACGUUUAGGAGGAGUUUUUUAUACUUAUUUUUUGCAAGAAAACGGUGGCGAAAUAAAGCUUUUUUAUGUAUUUUUACAUAAAUCA